UCCACAAUGAGGAAAAGGAAGACAACAGAUUCACCUCAUUCAUCCACAGAUCUGAGUGAAGGGAAGGAGAAAUUAAGACUGAAGCAAGAGGUUGGCCUGAUUAGCGGAGUGUCAUUAAUUGCAGGCACCAUGAUAGGCUCAGGGAUCUUUAUGUCCCCUGAGUGGGUACUACAUCAUAUGGGGAGCCCUGCCAGCAGCCUGCUGAUCUGGGCAGCAUGUGGUCUCCUGGCCAUGUUUGGAGCCUUGUCGUAUGCUGAGCUUGGAACUAUAAUUAAAGAGUCUGGAGGAGAAUAUAUUUACAUCUUGAGGAUUUUUGGUUCUUUUCCUGCUUUCCUUUUUGCCUACACUUCUGUUAUCCUAGUGAGACCAGCUGGUUUGGCAGCUGUCUGUCUGAGCUUUGCUGAAUAUGCCGUUGCGCCGUUCUACCCAGGAUGCUCAUCUCCACAGGUUGUCAUCAAAUGUACAGCUGCUGCCUGCAUCCUGCUUUUAACUAUCAUCAACUGUCUCAAUGUGAGGCUGGCGACGUCUAUUAUGAACAUUUUUACAGCUGCCAAACUCUUGGCUUUGUUGGUGAUCGUGGUGGGCGGAUUGGUGCUGCUUGCCAAGGGACAAACUCAGAGUUUUCAAAAUGCUUUUCAAAACACGACUGCAGGUAUCGGGGCAGUUGGAGUGGCAUUUUACCAGGGACUCUGGUCCUACGAUGGGUGGAACAACCUGAACUAUGUAACUGAGGAACUGAAGAAGCCUGAAGUGACCCUUCCCAGAGCUGUGAUGAUUGCCAUUCCUUUGGUUACAUGCCUGUAUUUGCUGGUAAACGUGAGCUACUUAGCAGCCAUGACUCCAUCUGAACUGCUGACUUCAGGAGCUGUGGCCGUCACUUGGGGGGACAAAGUCCUGGGCAGUUGGGCGUGGCUCAUCUCCCUGUCCGUGGCACUGUCUACCUUUGGUUCAUCCAACGGCACCUUCUUUAGCGGAGGCCGCAUGUGCUACAUUGCUGCAAGGGAAGGCCAUAUGCCAGACAUUCUGUCUAUGGCUCAUGUGCGAUGCCUCACGCCCUCCCCUGCUCUGCUGUUUACAUCUGGUAUGUCUUUAAUAAUGAUAAUAUCAGGAAGCUUCACCAGUAUCGUGAACUUUUUCAGUUUUGUGGCAUGGCUUUUCUAUGGCAUGACUAUUUCUGGUCUCCUGUAUUUAAAAAUCAAGAAACCAGAACUGCCAAGAUCUUACAAGGUCCCAAUUAUCAUCCCCAUAAUUGUGCUGAUGGCAGCUGUGUACCUGGUGUUAGCUCCCAUUGUUGAUCAACCCCAAAUUGAGAUCCUCUACAUUGUCGUGUUCAUUUUCAGUGGCAUCAUUCUUUAUUUCCCACUGGUUCGCUUCAAGUGCCACCCUCUCUUUUUACAGAGAGUCACUUUACAUCUCCAGUUGUUCCUGGAAGUUGCUCCUACCACCAGGGAUGCAAACUGA